AUGGACCCAAGCGAGGCACAUCUCAAGUCUGGCGCAACGACAGUCGCACCCAGCGAGAAUCACUCACAGACCAAUCUCGACAAACAAGAUCAGCCUCCAUCCGACCACCACUCCCUCUCUGCCACAUCCGACUCCGAGAAUGAGAAGAAAGCACAGCCUGCGGUAGCAGUCGAUCCUGCCCGAGCCAGCUCAGACCAUGCAGACCCCGAAAAGAACGAAGACACAACGCCAGAUGGGGAGGAGGAUGACAUUGAAUAUCCUACGGGACUUAAGUUCGCGGUCAUCACACUUGCCUUGUGUUUAGCUGUCUUCCUAGUGGCGCUGGACAACACGAUCAUCGCGACUGCCAUACCUAAGAUCACCGACCGCUUCAAUGCAUUGGGUGAUAUCGGCUGGUAUGGCUCGGCCUACCUAUUGACGACAUGUGCCCUUCAACUCUUCUUUGGCAGACUCUACACCUUUUACUCAAUCAAGACGGUCUACAUCGUCUCCAUCGUCAUCUUUGAGAUCGGCUCAGCACUGUGUGGUGCAGCACCCAACAGUCCGGCUUUGAUCGUAGGUCGAGCCAUCGCUGGAGUUGGCUCAGCAGGCAUCUUCAGCGGCUCGCUUGUCAUCAUCGCUUACACUGUUCCGUUGGAGAAACGCCCGAUCUAUACAGGAAUAGUCGGCGCGAUGUACGGCAUUGCUUCGGUUGCAGGUCCUCUCCUGGGCGGUGUCUUCACUGACCACGUUUCCUGGCGGUGGUGCUUCUACAUCAACCUGCCGCUUGGCGCAGUGACCUUGGCCGUGAUCUGGUUCUUCUUCCACUCACCACAGCGUAAGAACGAAGCGAGCGUUCCCUUCUGGCCAACCCGUGCUCGACAGCUGGAUCUGCCAGGUACUACCGUCUUCAUCAUUGAUAUCGUGGUCUGUCUGCUCGCGCUGCAAUGGGGCGGCAGCAAGUAUCCAUGGUCGAACUGGCGGAUCAUCCUAUGUCUGGUUCUAUUCGGCCUGUUGACUCUCGUCUGGCUUUACAUCCAAUAUUACAUGAAGGAUAACGCUACAGUUCCUUGGCGCAUUGUGUCCCAGCGCUCCGUGGCUUCGGCUACGUGGUUUGCUUUCUGCUUGGGAGGAUCAUUCUUCAUUCUUGUCUACUGGCUCCCAAUCUGGUUCCAAGCUAUCAAAGGCGUCUCCGCUUUCAAGAGCGGUAUAAUGUGCUUACCCAUGAUCCUCGCCCUUGUCAUCGCCAACGUAAUCUCGGGCGUCGGCACCACCGUCGUCGGCUACUACGCACCCUUCAUCUACGUCUCGACUAUCUUGAUGUCCAUCGGCGCCGGCAUCAUCACCACAUGGGAGACCAAUACUGGCCACGCCGAAUGGAUUGGCUACCAGACAGUCCUGCCGUUGCGCGAUAUCCCCACGGGCACGGCGCUGGUCAUGUUCUCGCAGACUUUUGGCGGAGCGCUGUUCGUGUCGGUCGCGCAGAAUGUGUUCAAUAACCAGCUGAUCAAGGAGAUUGUCGUUGAAGCCAAGGGUGUGAAUCCGGACAUCAUCUUGCAUGUGGGCGCGACGAGUUUGGCGAAUGCCAUUCCGCAGGAUCAGCUGGCGGGCGUACAGGUCGCAUACAAUACCGCGUUGACGCAAACAUGGUAUGCCGCGGUAGCGCUGGCAGCGAUAAGCGUCUUUGCAUGGGGCAUUGAGUGGAAGAGUGUGAAGGGCAUGAAGCCUGGGGCUGGUGGGAUGGCUUGA